AUGUCGGCAAAAUACGAUCAAUUUAUUGCUAAUGAUGUGACUUCAAACCGCUCCAAUGUUGCGCGACAGAUGUUGAUUAAAGAAUAUAAAAAACUAGGGCACGGAGCGUUUGGUACCGUAGUACAAGCGUAUCUUACGCCCGACAAUCACAAAUGGUACGGUCCGUUUGCCAUCAAAAAGGUACCGGCGCAAACAGAGUAUAAAUCGCGUGAAUUGGAAAUCUUGCGGGUCGCAGACCAUCCAAAUGUGGUCAAAUUAGAGUAUUUUUUCACGCAUGUGUCGCCUUCCGACAACAAACUGUACCAGCAUCUUGCCAUGGAAUGCCUUCCGGAAACACUGCAGUUAGAAAUCCACCGGUACACUUCGAACAAAUUCGAGCUACCUUUGAAGCACGUCAAACUUUACACUUAUCAAAUUGCGCGCGGAAUGCUGUAUUUGCAUGCGCUUGGUAUCUGUCACCGUGACAUCAAGCCGUCGAACGUAUUGGUAGACCCGAACACCGGUGUUCUCAAGAUCUGCGACUUUGGCUCCGCCAAGAAACUCGAACCCACGCAACCUUCGAUCAGCUAUAUCUGCUCCCGUUUUUACAGGGCACCAGAAUUGAUCGUCGGUUGCACACAGUAUACCACCCAAAUUGACAUUUGGGGGCUUGGGUGCGUGAUGGGAGAAAUGCUUAUAGGGAAAGCCGUUUUCCAAGGGCAAGAGCCGCUAUUGCAACUACGUGAGAUUUCCAAGCUUUUGGGACCCCCAGACAAGAAGUUUCUGUUCUUUUCCAACCCUUCCUAUGAUGGUCCACUGUUUUCCAAGCCCCUCUUUACGGGAACGCCUGCUCAAAGGUUCGAAAAACAUUUCGGGAACGCCGGACCGGAGGGCAUUGAUUUGCUGAUGAAAGUUCUCGUUUACGAACCCGAAAGUAGAUUAUCGCCUAGGCGAAUAAUGGCACACAGUUUUUUUGACGAUUUAAGAAAAGAACGUUAUUUCUUCCCUAGGGGCCAUACGCAACCGAAAUAUAUGCCUAGUCUCUUCGAGUUUUCGCAAUUUGAGUUGCAGAUCCUCGGGGAGCUGGCUUCCCAGGUGACGCCGCAAGAGUGA